CUGUUGGAAGACUCGCCGACGACCUCGCUGCCCUUUCUCUCCAGGACCCCGUCGCUCGCCGGCGCCGGCAUGUCCAAGCACAGAUCCCUCCUCUACUCCGCCACCAAACUCUAGCAGGAGGGGAAGCACCAGCGGGAGGGCACAUAGCGCCGCCGCGUGUGCUCCUCCAACCUGUAGCCCCGCGACCAUGUGCUCGCCUCCGCCUCCAUUCUUCACCGGCGCGGCUGCCUCCGACGGCCCCGAGCUUCUCCACGUCGUCUCCACUGCGAAAAAGGUAGCAUUUUUUUAAAUCAGAUUUGCCUUCUCCAAAUGGGAACGAUUGCUUUGGUUCUGUUUUCAUCAGAUCUCGGCGGUGUUCCUGUUGUGGUGCGCCGCCUCACCUACCGGCCGGCGUCGAGGACCGCGACUCUCGGCGACACCGGCCACCAUAGGGAUGCGUACGGAGGACGGACCGGUGGUCUUCUCACCUAGCUGAUGUUGUCCAGGUGCGCCGCCACCACCACCGGGACAGAGAGCCCGCCCUGCUACUGAUCAACACCGACGGCAGCGAACCAUGCUGCAGGGACGGCGGGUGCUGCUGCUAUUGUUGGCCGACACCCUGCCUCUGCUGGUAGCACACAUUCAAGUUAGGGCAAGGAGGAAAGGAAGAGAGUGAUGCAUGGAUGUAAAGAAUGAGGCGCUAAAGAGGAAGAGAAGUUGCGUGUACAAGGAGAGGAAAUCUUCACAAGUUCAUGGAGCCCCUUUCUUUAAAAUUCAAAACCACAUUAUGUAAAACAGAACAUUGUCUAGAGCAAAUACUACUACUUUUUUUAUCAGGAGCAAAUACUAUUGUACUACAUGUGAUCCACAUUUAUGGGCCAUGGUUCGGUUGGGCCCUGGGCUGUCGGAUCUAUCGCCCUAGCAUAGGCCAUAGGGCCCUGCUCGUGUUCAAUGGGAAUCGGGCGUAGGAGCACUCCGAUUAAACUCCCCCGUCGAGGACUCGAGGAGCGUCCGUCCCAUUGUCUCUUGUCACCGUUACCUGCACGGCUGCCCAAGAGCACAGCAGCCGCCGCCCGCCCGCCCGAAGUUCACGGCGGAGGCCAAAAAUCAGAUCUUGGGUCUGGAUUGCUCAUGCCACCGCCGGUGACCACCGACGUCGGCCGCUCCCAAUCCUCCACGGACGGCCGCUUCUCUUGCUCCGCCGUCCCGGCCUCCGCGUCGAUUGACUUCGGGAUGUUCGACAAGCACGGCUUCAUCUCCCCCAUUGGGGAAUCUGCGCCUGCUGGCACCCGGGAACCGUCCCCCUCGCCGCAGGACGCCGACUCCUUCGGCAAGAUUGCACCGCCAGGAGAAGGUGCUGCCGCUGCCAGUGCUACUGGCCCUGGUGCCACCCCGUAUAAGGACUUUGGGAUGUUUGAUAAGCACGGUUUCAUCUAUGUCCCAACCUCCAUUGGGGAAUCUGCACCUGGCACUGGGGAAGCGUCGACUGGGCCGCCGGGAGAAGGUAAUGCCGCCGCCAAUGCUACUAGCUCUGGUGCCGCUCCUGUCCCUACCCCGGAUACGGACUUUGGGAUGUUUGAUAAGCACGGUUUCAUCUAUGUUCCAUCCUCCAUUGGGGAAUCUGCACCCGGCACUGGGGAAGGGCUCUCCUCGCCGCAAGAGAGCGACUCCUCUGACAAGAUUGAAGAAGGUGCUGCCGCCGACAAUGCUACUAGCGCUGCUGCCACCAAAGCUGCUGCCACUCCUAUCCCUUCCCCGUACAAGGGGGAGGAUGCCCAUUGGAGGCCAAGGAAGAAGUCCACCAAGGGGGUCGCCCGCUUCAAGCUGGUCAAGGAUAAACGCCCCACGCCGGCUAAAGUUGGGAAGACGCCUGUAACAAAGGACCCUGGUGAAUCAUCUGUUGGAGGUGUCGCCGAUCAUAAGUCGACAAAGCGCAAGUUGGACGUCGAUGCAAUAGAAGUCAUCACAGGGAGUUUCAACAGAGCCAGGCUGGUGGAAAAUCUGAUGCGCCUUGCCAAUAUGCCAGAUGGGGUGAUGAAGAAGAAGAAGAAGAAGAAAACAAGUGCUGGUGAACAGGCUAUAGUUCCUUAUGCUGCAGCUGAUAUGUCGUGCUCCGCGUUGGUUCCGGUUGGUACUCCCGGGCAGCUUGCUAUGGUCCGCCAUGCUAAUCACGGGAAGAAGGUGCGGGCCAAGGUGGUAGGCCUGGAUGCCGAGACGUUACGAGUGCACGGUGUUCUGGCGAAGUGGGACGAGGCUGCCAGCGAAAGUUUUGAAGGGCUGGAUAUCGGCAGCGGGCCUGAAUGGGAUGAAGUACGGCGCAAGUAUAAACUACUUGUGGAUUGGUUUAUUUCUGUCGUGAAGGAUUUAUUCGGUUCCAGAAAAUUUUCGCAAUGGGGAGGAUCUGUACUUGAUUCCGUGGUCGGUACUUUCCUUACACAAAAUGUUGCUGACAAUUUAUCAAGCAAUGCUUUUAUGACACUGGCAGCAAAAUUUCCUAUGGAUAAGAGGAAAGAUAAUGCUGAAGAAUGUUCAUAUGAGCCUCCGUUAACAGAUGAUGUCUUGAAUUGUAAUGAAGCAUCAUCUGCUGCGAAUGUUAAUUCGUUGUUUUCCAAACCGGCUGAUUGUGAGAAAGUAGGCUGCACUGACGAGGUAAAAGGACAAUAUGGUGAAGACUACAAAACUAUUAUGGAGAAUUUCCUUACUAUUAUACAAGAGAAAGAUGUCUCUACUUGGGAGAAGGAUGAUCUUUUGAACUUAGUCAAGAGUAAGUCUGGAAAAGAAAUAUGCACAGAAAGAACCUUGAGAAAGUUCAUAGCUUCGUUGCGCCUGGAAGAUACUGCUCACUGGGACAAGUUACGUGUCGAAGCAUGUAUUGAAGGAUACGAUAGCAAAAGUAAAACUAGAGUACCUGACAAAGUAGAUUGGGAAGCUGUACAGAAGGCAUCACUUGUCGACAUUGCAAAGUGCAUCGCAGGCAGGGGACAACAUUACCUGCUGGCAUUGCGGAUACAGGCGUUUCUCACGCGGAUAAAGAAAGACCAUGGAAGUUUUGACCUGGAUUGGCUUAGAUGUGUACCGCGGGAAAGCGCAAAAAAAUAUCUACUCAGUGUAAAUGGACUUGGAGCUAAAAGUGUUGACUGCAUACGUCUUUUGUCACUGAAUCAUAAAGCAUUCCCAGUUGAUGUGAAUGUAGCUCGCAUAGUCACAAGGCUAGAAUGGGUCGAACUCCAAUGCUGUGAUGAGGAGUUUCAUUUGGUUGACUUAUACCCACUCAUGGAAGAUGUGCAGAGUUACUUAUGGCCAAGAUUAUGUACUAUUGACAAGGAAAAAUUGUAUGAACUACACUGUCUCAUGAUAACUUUCGGAAAGGUAAUUUGCACAAAAGUAGAUCCAAAUUGCAAUGCUUGCCCUUUCCGUUCAGGAUGCAGGUGGUAUAGAAGUAAACGUACCAGACCACUGCUUCCUCCCGCAGAGGAGCAUGUGCAUGGACAUAGUGAAGGGCAAGCAAGUAUGAUUACUUCUGAGAGGCUCUUGUUGUCAAAUGGUAGCUGCACGCCAAGUCAGCAAGUGUGCCAACUUGAAAUCGAUGAAAGCAGGACUGCUGGAAGGCAACCCACUAGUAGCUGUGAGCCCAUUAUUGAGGUGCCACCAAGUCCUGAAUAUGAAUACGAAGCACUUGAUGAACAGGGAUAUCCCAGUGAAGAUGAUCUUGUUGAUAUUGAAGAUAUUAUGUCAGGAGUAGGGUACGACGUUGAAAUCAAUUUGUGUUCAAACAAGCCUAUGGGGAGCAACGGCUCUUGGACACCAAGUUGUGGAAAAGGCUUGGCACUGAACGAUUCACGCUACACACAGAGAAAAUUGAAAAACAUAGGACAUCUUAGGACGGAGCACCAUGCGUAUGUACUCCCAGAUGAUCAUGCUAUCUUGGAAGAGUUUGAAGAUAGAAUUCCAGAAGAUCCAUGUCACUAUCUCCUGGUUGUUAUUCCUUGUCCCGACGACCACAUGGUGAAAGGCACAGUUCUGAUACCCUGUCGAACAGCGUCCGAAGGGAACUUUCCAUUGAAUGGUACCUACUUUCAGGAACAUGAGGUAUUUGCAGAUCAUGCAUCUAGUUGUUUCCCAAUUACCAUCCCUAGAGAGUGUAUCUGGGAGCUGGAGAGACGCAUUGUAUAUUUUGGUUCAUCAAUACACUCCAUCACAAAAGGUCAACCAAGACAAGACAUUGAAGACUGCUUCAAGAGAGGACAUGUAUGUGUAAGAGGAUUCGAUCGGCAGACAAGAUACCCGAGGCGGUUAUGCACCACGUUGCAUUCCAUCGCCGGCGAGAAGAAAGAGAGCAGCAGUGAACAGAAAGAAAGCGCCUCGAGCAAAUGAUGUGUUGACAUGUAGAUGUGUACAUACAUAUUGUAGCUGGAGCAACUCUGAUCUAGUCUAGUUGCCUGAUGAUCUGUUGGUAUAGGCUAGUUAGAAGAUGUUGAGCUGAAUGGAACUCUUAGGCAACGGCAGGAGUAAUAAUGGUUCUUUUUUUUACAGGCUUCUUUUUUUUCGAGGAAGUUUUUACAGGCUCCUUUGUAUCUUUUAGAUAUUGUAAGAACGGAACUGCCUCACAUACGACAAUUUGGUGUCCGAUUCAUGU